AUGACAUUCCGAGUCCUAGUCUACGCGCACCGCAAGCCGGGUGUUUCGCCGGAGGACUUCAAGCAACACUAUGAAGCGCACAUCGAUCUCUUCAAGCGUUUGGUGGGCGAGGACUUCCCGCUCACCCACCGACGCACGUACAUCGAGCGCACUGCGAGUGACACCGCGGCAGUGGAUGCCUCUCCUCGCAACGCCACCACCCCAGCAACCGUGAUCCUCGGUCGCCAGUCAGACUACGACUUUGACUGCCUUGCGGAGCUUACAUUCGCUGAUAGAGCCGCAUGGGACGCCUGCACGGCGAAAGUGUUAUCGCCGGAGAUUCAAGCGCAGAUUGCCGCCGACGAAGCGAAGUUUUGGGACAGCUCCAAGACUGGGGUUCUGGUGAUUGGAGAUGUCACCGAGACCACCAAAUAG